GAAAGUGAAGGGAAGUCGUGGGGCGGUGGGAGAUCCCCGAGGCCGCGGGAGGCGGCAGCGCCGCUGCCUGGAGGGGAGAAACACGUGUGAGUGCUCGUGUGUGCGUCCCCCAGGUCCUCGGUCACGGUCCGUGCCUUCAGGGCGCCGCCACCGAGCCCGUCCGGGCGCUGCCGCCCCGCCGCUGAUGCUGCGGGCAGGGCCGUCGCCGGCGAUGCUGUGCGGCAUGCCCGGCGUGGCUUUCGUCCCCGCUUUGCUCGUCAGCUGGUCCUCGGCCGCCUUCAUCAUCUCCUAUGCGAUCGCCGUGCUGGAGGGGCACGUGGAGCCCCUCGUCCCUUACAUCAGUGACACUGGAACAAAACCUCCAGAGAGUGGUGUCUUUGGUUUUAUGAUUAAUAUUUCCGCUCUUUUAGGUGUAAUUACGAUGUACAUCAGAUAUUUAUUAAUAGAGAAGCAAAAUGAGUCAUCGCACUUUGUUAGGUCUUCAUGCAACAUGUUUUCAUUAUGUAUUGGAUUGAUGGGCUGUACUGGAAUGGGCAUAGUUGCAACUUUUCAGGAGCUGGCUGUUCCCAGUGUCCAUGACGUAGGAGCUUUGGUGGCAUUUGGCUCGGGUGUUGUAUACAUUACACUUCAGUCUGUAAUCUCCUACAAGUCCUGCCCAAAAUGGAACACUUACUUUGUGUGUCACAUAAGGAUGGCCAUAUCUGCAAUAUCAUGCAUUGCUUUCGUUCCCAUGAUUGUGUUUGCUUCUCAAGUUUCCAUGACAAAAAUUGAUUGGACUCCAGGUGAAAAGGAUUAUACUUAUCAUUUUAUGAGUGCAAUCUGUGAAUGGACGGUGGCCUUUGGUUUUAUCUUCUUCUUUUUAACGUUCAUUAGAGAUUUUCAGAGAUUUUCUGUAAGGAUAUCAGCAGAAAUACAUGAAGACUCCUGAUAUGAAAAAGAAUAUUUUGUAUCUUGAAAAUUCUAGGUUUCUUUUUACUCAUAGAAAAUGUUGCAGAGGGACAGGGAUUGAUAAAUUGCAUUAAGAAACCAUGCCAUUAACUGUGCAACAUCUACAACAACAUCCUCUAAAAGAUGUUAAAAACACACAGCAACGUUCCUGCUGCCUUUUUGUAAUAUUUUGUAAUUUUUAUACGGUUUGUUAUAUUAAAAAUACUGUAAUAGAAGCAACCUCUAGAAGCACUGCAAAGUCAUUCAAGAACUUGAUCUCCUCAGAUCUUCCCUUUUGGGCAUGUCCAUACUUUAUAAUGUGCUGUAGUCUAGUUAAUAACAUCAGUUUAAAACUUGAGAAAGUACAUUUUGCUAACAGGAAAAUCUGAAGGCAAUGGAGAUCACUAAGGCUGAAUUCCUACUCUGUUAAGUUGAAAGGGCUAUGGAAGAUGUUGAGAGCAUCUUUGUUCAAGACUAGAAAUUUAGCACUAUGCUGCAUGUUUCUGGUACUGGGCAUUGUAAACAAAUACAAGUGCUAGGACAAGUUUAAACUAAAUUGCUUGAAAAGGUGUUUUCUAAUCAUCACUGCAAUAUAUAAAAAUCUGCCCCGUUUUCCCUUUUAUGCACAGCUGGCCAUAGGAAACUUUAAACUAAAGUGAGAGUAGAAAGUCAAUUUACAUUUAUGCAUUCCAUAGCAAAGAGAAAUCUUACUGCAAUUUGGUUAACACAAAGCAGAAGUUUCCAGCCUGUGUUUUAACCUACAAUGAUGGAAUGAAGAAGGUCUCCUAAAAGUCUUUGGAAACGCAUGGAAAACAAGUAGUUUUCAGGUUUUUGGUCAUAUGUAUAUGAGUAUUAUAUACAUAAAACUGAAGGAAAAAAAAACAACCCGGGAGCAUCUGUAGUGAAGAUAUGGCGUAUUUGCUGCUAUAGACACAUUUCUGUAAUGAAAAACUGGGAAAGGAGUUAAUUGUGGGGUCAGAUGUUACAGGUAUCUGCAGGCAAAAACGUUCUUUUGUGGACUGAUCUGCUACCUCCAUUCAGUGCAUUAGCCACUUGACUGUCAAUUAAGUUCUUGAAAAUUACAUUUGCCAUGCUCUGUCACAGUUUAUGCAGAAAUAUUGAUGAUUUUCAGUUGCUAAUUUUCCACAAAGUAAAAGUAAUGUGUGUUUUGGACAGGGAUGUCUUAAGAUUAGUCAUCUGUUGAUAUUUCCUUUAAUAUGUAUUUUAAACUGUAUUAAAUUCAGCUGCUUCACAACAUAAAGAGUUGAUGUUUUCUUUAUAAGUUCUUC